CAGACUCAUCAAGAAAAAGAGGGAGAGGACUCAAAUCAAUAAAAUUAGAAAUGAAAAAGGAGAAGUUACAACAGAUGCCACAGAAAUACAAAGCAUCCUAAGAGACUACUACAAGCAACUCUAUGCCAAUAAAAUGGACAACCUGGAAGAAAUGGACAAAGUCUUAGAAAGGUAUAAGCUUCCAAGACUGAACCAGAAAGAAACAGAAAAUAUGAACAGACAAAUCACAAGUGAUGAAAUUGAAACCGUGAUUAAAAAUCUUCCAACAAACAAAAGUCCAGGACGAGAUGGCUUCACAGGUGAAUUCUACCAAACAUUUAGAGAAGAGCUAACACCCAUCCUUCUCAAACUCUUCCAAAAAAUUGCAGAGGAAGGAACACUCCCAAACUCAUUCUAUGAGGCCACCAUCACCCUGAUACCAAAAACAGACAAAGAUACUACAAAAAAAGAAAAUUACAGACCAAUAUCACUGAUGAAUAUAGAUGUAAAAUUCCUCAACAAAAUACUAGCAAACAGAAUCCAACAACACAUUAAAAGGAUCAUACACCAUAAUCAAGUGGGAUUUAUCCCAGGGAUGCAAAAUAUUUAUAUUGCAUAUCAAUAUACACAAAUCAAUCAGUGUGAUACACCAUAUUAACAAAUUGGGAGCAGGGAGAAGUUCACUCGCAUCAGCUGAUCCUAAAUGACAACAGGAGAGGAGGAACCCCAGGAGGCAGUGAAGGAGGAGGGGGAUGGAAAUGGAGAUGAGGAUGGAUCCACUGGUGCCCUGAGGAAUAGCCCACACCUCCACCGGGGCCCCGGGAUCCCCUGACGCUUCCUCGCCACAGCAGAGCUGCUUCUUGGUAGGGUUCCCGGGAUGCUGCGGUUGGGGAGGGAAGGGCAUGGCCCUGCACCGGAUGAGUGAUAGCCCUGGAGCUCCCUCUGCCCCCGGAAGGAAGUGGGGGGCGGUGGAGGUGGGGGUGGUAUAAACAAUGGAUGCGGCUCUGGCCUCUGCCAGCGUGGGGGGGAUUUGGGGUGCCCUUCUUUGUUCUUAGACCUUGCUGCUGCCCCUCGGGUUGUGGUGGUGUUGUCCGGAAAGAAGGAAGGGUGAGGAAUCCCCGGCUGAAGAGAGGCGUCGAGGUAUCCUCUGAAAUACUGACUUAAGCUGGAUAAUAUUGAAAAGUUCCUGACCACUCUCUUUCAUUACCAAAACCUUGUGUCUGAGGCCCCAUGCAUGUGCCCACCUCAGUGAACCCAUCAGAUCUCUCUCAGAUAGCCAUAACAGACCCUCUCAAGUUAAUUUUAACCAUAUAUUUGCCUGCACUUUAUGGAGGAUGAAACUAUCAAGCCAAGUCAACAUUGCUGCUGAUCCAGGAGGCUUGGCAGCAGAAAAUUAAACACCCGAACGUUUGUAAAUGUGUGAAGAAUUCUGAUAGGACAUCGAAUGUUUUUUUAAAAACAUUUUUUUAAGGGUGUUCAGAACCCUGUGGAGGCUGUGCUCAGUCUUCAGACUCAACGCCUUUGUCUUCACUUCUGGAGAAAGCCCAGGUACUGUUAUAUUGUAGAUGCUUUCCUUCCCAGUCUGAAUAUGAGUGCGCAGACUUCCCCAGCAGAGAAGGGCCUGAACCCUGGGCUGUUGUGCCAGGAGAGUUACACCUGCAGCGAGACUGAUGAAGCCGUCUCCGAGUGUGAUGAGUGCUGCAGCCUGCAGUGUCUCCACUGCUAGGAGAAGCCCCAGCGGCAGGAGCGCCUGAGAAACCAUGAGCGGAUCAGACUCAAAGCUGGCCACGUCCCUUACUGUGACCCCUGCAAGGACCCCAGUGGGCGUUCUCCAGGUAUGAAGCAGACGGCAGACGUGAGGUGCCAGACCUGUAAAAUCAACUUGUGCCUGGAGUGCCAGAGGACUCAUUCUGGGGGUAACAAAAGGAGGCACCCUGUUACUGUGUACCAUGUGGCUAAGGUCCAGGCAUUGCUGGAGGAAGAAGGGAUGGAUGAGGACACCAAGACAAAGAAGAUGACUGAGAAGGUUGUGAGCUUCCUCCUAGUAGAUGAGAAUGAAGAAAUUCAGGUAACGAAUGAAGAGGACUUUAUUAGGAAAUUGGACUGCAAAUCCUAUCAGCAUCUGAAAGUGGUUUCCAUUUUUGGAAAUACUGGGGAUGAGAAGGCUCAUACCCUCAACCACACUUUCUUUUGUGGCCGGGAAGUCUUCAAAGCCUCCCCUGCCCAGGAGUCCUGCACUGUUGGAGUGUGGGCGGCAUAUGAUCCAGUCCACAAAGUAGCAGUGAUAGACACAGAAGGGCUCUUGUGGGCUACAGAGAAUCUAAGCCAGAGAACACGGCUGCUGCUGAAGGUCCUGGCCAUUUCAGACCUCGUCAUCUAUCGAACUCAUGCAGACCGACUGCACAAUGACCUCCUCAAGUUCCUUGGGGACGCCUCAGAAGCUUACUUGAAGCACUUCACCAAGGAGCUCAAGGCUACCACUGCCCGCUGUGGCCUGGAUGUCCCCCUGUCCACCCUGGGCCCUGAUGUUAUCGUUUUCCACGAGACUGUGCACACUCAGCUGCUAGACUCUAAUCGCCCCUCCGAGGUGCCCGAGAAGCUCAUCCAGGACCGGUUCCGGAAGCUGGGCCGCUUCCCUGAAGCCUUCAGUUCUAUUCGUUACAAGGGAACGAGGACAUACAAUCCUCCCACGGACUUUUCUGGUCUUCGGUGUGCUUUGGAGCAACAACUAGAGAAUAACAACACCCGUUCUCCCCGGCACCCGGGGAUCAUGUUCAAAGCUCUGAAGGCCCUCAGCGACCGCUUCAGCGGUGAGCUCCCCGAUGACGAGAUGGCACACAGCUCCCUUUUUCCAGAUGAGUACUUCACCUGCUCCGUCCUGUGCCUCAGCUGUGGGGCUGGAUGUAAGAACAGCAUGAAUCACGGGAAAGAAGGAGUACCUCGUGAAGCCAAAAGCCGCUGCAGAUACUCUCACCAGUAUGACAACCGGGUUUUUACCUGCAAGGCCUGCUACGAGAGAGGCAAUGAAGUCAGUGUGGUGCCCAAGACGGCUGCUUCAACCGACUCCCCCUGGAUGGGUCUCGCAAAAUAUGCCUGGUCUGGGUACGUAAUCGAAUGUCCCAACUGCGGCGUGGUCUAUCGUAGCCGGCAGUACUGGUUUGGGAACCAAUAUCCUGUGGACACAGUGGUGCAGACAGAGAUUGUGCAUGUGUGGCCUGGAACUGAUGGAUUUCUGAAGGACAACAACAAUGCUGCCCAGCGCCUCUUGGAUGGGAUGAAUUUCAUGGCUCAGUCGGUGUCUGAGCUUAGCCUUGGGCCCACCAAGGUUGUGACAUCCUGGCUGACAGACCAGAUCGCCCCUGCCUACUGGAGGCCCAACUCCCAGAUCCUGAGCUGCAACAAGUGUGCUACACCCUUUAAAGAUAAUGACACCAAGCAUCACUGCCGGGCCUGGGGGGAGGGCUUCUGUGACAGCUGUUCACCCACGACCCGGCCAGCGCUGGAGCGGGGCUGGGGCCCUGUGCCCGUGUGGGUGUGUGACAACUGCUAUGAAGCCAGGAAUUCUCAGUUAGAAGUUACUGAGGCACAGGUGGAUGAUGAGGGCGGGACGCUGAUUGUUCGGAAGGUGGGCAAGUCCGUGCAGAACACUUUGGGAGCUGUGGUGACGGCCAAUGACAUACCACUAGGUUUGGUGAAGGAUGCGGCCAGGCCGGUGUACUGGGUACCAGACCAUGAGAUCCUGCACUACCACAACUGCCAGAAGGGGUUCAGUGUCAAGCUUUCCAAGUACCACUGCUGGGCCUGCAGACAGGGCUUCUGUGAUGAGUGUUCCCAUGACCACUGGGCUGUCCCCUCUUGAGGCUGGGACCAUCCUGUCCAAGUCUGCUUUAACUGCAAUAAAACGCCUGGUGACCUUUAAUGCCCCCCGCAAAAGUGAAGAAUAAAACCCAUAUGAUCGUCUCAAUAGAUGCAGAAAAGCUUCUGACAAAAUUCAACACCCAUUUAUGAUAAAAAAAACUCUCCAGAAUGUGGGCAUAGAGGGAACCUACCUCAACAUAAUAAAGGCCAUAUACAACAAACCCACAGCAAAUAUCAUUCUCAGUGGUGAAAAACUGAAAGCAUUUCCUCUAAGAUCAGGAACAGGACAAGGAUGUCCACUCUCACCACUAUUAUUCAACAUAGUUUUGGAAGUCCUAGCCAUGGCAAUCAGAGAAGAAAAAGAAAUAAAAGGAAUACAAAUUGGAAAAGAAGUAAAACUGUCACUGUUUGCAGAUGACAUGAUACUAUACAUAGAGAAUCCUAAAGAUGCCACCAGAAAACUACUAGAGCUAAUCAAUGAAUUUGGUAAAGUUGCAGGAUACAAAAUUAAUGCACAGAAAUCUCUUGCAUUCCUACACACUAACAACAAAAGAUCAGAAAGAGAAAUUAAGGAAACAAUUCCAUUCAUCAUCGCAACAAAAAGAACAAAAUACCUAGGAAUAAAUCUACCUAAGAAGGUAAAAGACCCGCACUCAGAAAAUUAUAAGACACUGAUGAAAGAAAUCAAAGAUGACACGAACAGAUGGAGAGAUAUACCAUGUUCUUGGAUUGGAAGAAUCAAUAUUGUGAAAAUGACUAUAGUACCCAAAGCAACCUACAGAGUCAACGCAAUCCCUAUCAAAUUACCAAUGGCAUUUUUUACAGAACUGGAACAAAAAAUCUUAAAAUUUGUAUGGAGACACAAAAGACCCUGAAUAGCCAAUGCAAUCUUGAGGGGAAAAAAAUGGAGCUGGAGGAAUCAGACUCCCUGACUUCAGACUAUACCACAAAGCUACAGUAAUCAAGACAAUAUGGUACUGGCACAAAAACAGAAAUAUAGAUCAAUGGAACAGGAUAGAAAGCCCAGAGAUAAACCCACGCACAUAUAGUCAACUAAUCUAUGACAAAAAAGGCAAGGAUAUACAAUGGAGAAAAGACAGUCUCUUCAAUAAGUGGUGCUGGGAAAACUGGACAGCUACAUGUAAAAGAAUGAAAUUAGAACACUCCCUAACACCAUACACAAAAAUAAGCUCAAAAUGGAUUAGAGACCUAAAUGUAAGACCAGACACUAUAAAACUCUUAGAGGAAAACAUAGGAAGAACACUCUUUGACAUAAAUCACAGCAAGAUAUUUUUUGAUCCACCUCCUAGAGUAAUGGAAAUAAAAACAAAAUUAAAUGGGACCUUAUGAAACUUAAAAGCUUUUGCAAAGCAAAGGAAACUAAAAACAAGACAAAAAGACAACCCUCAGAGUGGGAGAAAGGAUAUGCAAAUGAAUCAGCGGACAAAGGAUUAAUCUCCA